AUGAGCCUCCCUCGCUUAUUUAGGCAUGCCCUCGCCAGGCGCGCGCCAUCUGCAUCAAGAGCAGCCACUUGCCAACGGACAUCCCUAAACCUGAGCAAUGCCCGGUCAUUCUCCCGCUCCAGCCCGCCUCAAGCGGGCGUCCCGAUGCCUCUCGUGACCGAGGUGACGGCUGGUGGCUGGCGAACCUCCGACAUUUUCUCAAAGCUGCUCCAGGAGCGCAUCAUCUGCCUCAACGGCCCGAUAGACGACUGGACCCAGGCGUCGGUCACUGCCCAGCUGCUCUGGCUCGAGCAGGACAGCCCACACAAGCCCAUCACGCUGUACAUUAACAGCCCCGGCGGCCAGGUCUCGUCGGGCCUGGCCAUCUACGACACCAUGAACUACAUAUCGUCGCCGGUACACACGGUGUGCGUCGGCAUGGCCGCCUCGAUGGGCGCCAUCCUGCUGCUCGGCGGCGCCGCCGGCCAGCGGUACGCCCUGCCGCACAGCCAGAUCAUGGUGCACCAGCCGCUCGGCUCGACGCAGGGCCAGGCCUCGGACAUCAUCAUUUACGCCAAGCAGAUCACAAGGAUAAGGAGCCAGAUCAACGACAUCAUGCGCCGGCACCUCAACACCGCCGCCGGGAGGGAGAGGUUCGCCGCGCAGGAGGUGGACGAGAUGAUGGAGCGGGACAAGUACCUCACCGCGGACGAGGCCGUGGAGCUGGGCAUCGUGGACAAAAUACUCACAAGCAGGAGCGACGCUGCUGCCGCCGCGUUGAAUGCUGCUAGUGGCGGCCUGUCUGCGGCGACCCCCGCGGAGGCACAGGAUAAAAAGAAGGAUUAA